AUGGCCUCCGCUCUCUCUUUCCCUCAGCAGCAGCAGCAGCCUCAGGGCCUGCCCAUCCAGACCGCAAGCUCCAGCUCCGUGGACGGCGCUCUCCUCAGUGCUCUGGCAGCCUACAUCACCACCGGCCCUGACGCCCGCAACACUACUGAGCAGGAGGUCCAUGACCUGGCUGCUGACGCCAUCUCCAAGCCUGGUGGCAGAGCUCAUCUGGAGGCUCUCAUCCAGUCUGAGUCUGGCGUCGAGCACAAAGUCUGGAAGAAACAUGCUCCUGCCCACGGAACGCUUAAGCUGACCAAGACUGAUAUCACCGUUCACCUUGGUGUCGACUCCCUCAACCUCAGCUUCGAUGCCACUGGUUUCAAUGUUGCUAAGCCUGCUAGUGCAACACUUACUUCUGGCACUUUCUACUACAAUGACUUCCAGCAGUUUGGACAGGGAGAUGCCACCUUCAAGCUCCACGUCAAGGGUCUCAAUCUCCACGUCAGUAUCUACCGUAACCAGGUCUACGUCGGACACUUUGAGUUCCAGAACGCCACCUUCACCUUCCCUCCCGGUGGUGUCGAGCUCAACGGCUCGAUUGCCUGA